CACAGGACCAGGAAGUGGUUUCAGCUGUUUAGAGAAAGUGAAACUUGUUGUUUGCUGUCAUGUUUGUCUCUUGAUCUAGGUGUAAACACAGCGAAAUGGCAGAAGUUGGUGUUUCUCAGGACCAGUUCAUCUGUCCAGUGUGUCUGGAUCUACUGAAGGAUCCGGUGGCCAUUCCAUGUGGACACAGUUACUGUAUGAGCUGUAUUACAGAUUGCUGGAAUCAGGAGGAUGAGAAGGGUGUCUACAGCUGCCCUCAAUGCAGACAAACAUUCAACCCAAGACCUGCUUUAAAUAAAAACACCAUUCUUGCUGGAUUAGUGGAGCAAUUCCAGAAGACCAAACUCCAAGCUUCUGUUCCUGCUGGACUUGGAGAUGUGGAGUGUGACGUUUGCUCUGGAAGAAAACAAAAAGCUCUCAAGUCCUGCCUGGUGUGUCUGAACUCUUACUGUCAAAAUCACCUCCAGCAACAUGAGAAUUUCUUCAAAGGUAAGAGGCACAAUCUGAUAGAUGCUACAGGACGACUCGAGGAGACGAUCUGCCCAAAACACAAUAAAGCACUGGAAAUCUUCUGUCACACGGAUGAAGAGUGCAUUUGUUACCUGUGUAUGAUGGACGAUCACAAAAACCAUGAUACUGUAGUAGCUGUAGCAGAGAGGACAACGAAACAGGUGGUUUUGGAAGAAAGAAGGAUUAAGUUCCAGCAGAGAAUACAUCUGAGAGAAAAACACCUUGAGGAGCUCAGACAGGCUGUAGAGUCUCAUAAGCUCUCUGCACAGAAAACAGUGCAGAACAGUGAGAGGAUUUUCAAUGAACUCAUCCUAUUCAUUAAGAAAAGGCGCUCUGAGGUGACGCAACUGAUCAGAAAUCAGGAAGAGGCUGCAGUAGGUCGAGCUGAGGGAUUCAUGAAGGAAAUGGAGCUGGAGAUUAAUGAUCUGAAGAGGAAAGAUGCUGAACUGGAGCAUCUUUCACACACUGAUGAUCACAUCUGUUUCCUAAAGAGUUUCCAGUCUCUUUCUGAACCUCCUGAAUCUACAGAUGUGCCCAACUUCAGUGUCAGCUCUCUGCAGUCUUUUGAUGGUAUUGGAAGGUCUGUGUUUCAAAUGAAAGAAAAACUAGAGGGUUUCUGUAGAGAAGAAAUAGACAAGAUGUCUGGCAGAGGGGCUCCGUCACAAACUAAAAAGGCACACAAUAAUGGAGAGAAGAAGAGAAGUGAUGAUGAAGCUCCUGACAGUAAUGAGGUGGAGGUGCAUCCUAGUGAGGAGGACGAGGAGAUCCUGUUUAAGGAGAGGAUCAAGUUGUACCGUUGGGAUGACCAGCUCAACCAGUGGAAGGAACGUGGCUUUGGGAACAUCAAGAUCUUCUUCCACCCACUGAAGAAACGAUACCACGUGCUGAUGAGGCACGAGCAGUCGCUGGAGGUGUGUGCCAACCAUAGCAUCAGCCGAGGUAUCCAGCUCACCGCUAUGAACACCUCUGCCAACUCCCUUACCUGGAAAGCCAUUGACUGCUCCGAGGGUGCUGGGAAGACAGAGCAGCUGGCAGUGAAGUUUAGGACUGCUGAUCAGAUGAAGAGCUUCAAACAGGUGUUCAUGGACUGCCAGAGCCACGUGUUGCUGUUAGAGACACUGUCACGAGACUCCAACCCUGUGGUGUUCUUCAGCAUGUCUGUGGACGGAGAGAAUGCUGGGAGGAUCAUUAUGGAGCUGUUCGCUCACAUUGUGCCCAAGACAGCAGAGAACUUCCGCGCUUUGUGUACAGGAGAGAAGGGUUUGGGCUACAGCUCCAUCUUCCACAGGAUCGUCCCUGACUUCAUGUGUCAGGGUGGUGACAUCACCCAUCAGAAUGGCAGUGGCGGGCGCUCCAUCUAUGGGGAUUACUUCGAGGACGAGAGCUUUGAGGUGCGGCACACAGGGCCAGGCAUGCUGGCCAUGGCCAAUCGUGGCAAAGAUACCAACAGCUCACAGUUCUUCCUCACACUGAAGAAAUCUGAGCACCUGAACUUCAUUCAUGUGGCGUUCGGCUUCGUCAGGGAGGGCAUGAAGGUGCUCAGGAGGAUUGGUGAGAUGGGCAGUAAAGAGGGCAAACCCACACACCGCGUUGUCAUCCAGGACUGCGGACAGCUAUGAGCCUAGGUGCACGCACAGACACACCUGUACAUGUGUAAUGGACUGGAGGACAUUGAUCAUGAUGGUCUACAUUAGCGGUGCUCAACUAUGUUCCUGGAGAUCUACCUUUCCUGUAGAUUUUAGCUUCAAUCUUUAUCAAACACAAUUAAACCAUCUAAGUAAGAUCUGAAGGAGCACUUGGUAAUUAAAGACGGGUGUGUUUGAUCAAGGUUGCAGCUGAACUCUGCAGAAAGCUACAUCUCCAGGAACUGGAUUGAGCACCACUGGAGUACAUAGUGCUGUUGGCCUGAUCGGCCUCUUUCUGUGUGUUUGGGUUAGUUUUACUCUGGUGUAUUAAUAUUAUUAUUAUUUUCUCUGAUUGCCACAAGGCUUUAAUUCUGUCUCCUACUACUUUCCUUCAACCUGCAGUCACUACUUUAUUUUUUGGUGUCUAUGGGGAUUAGAAAAUUCAGUCCUGUGAUUUCUGUGCAAUCAAAUCGCACAUAGAAGUGAAGAGGUAAAUCGCAUCAUAAUGAACUACCUCAAGACAUGGGUGAUCUAUAAUUGCAGCAAGCUGUUUGGAAGCAUUAAAAGUGUCCAAGAAGAUGUCUAAUGUCUUUACACGCAAUGACCCAGAGAAUGUUUAGAUGAAUGUCAUUGAUGAGAAAAUGAUGGAUGUUUACUUUAUGAAGUCUGAAAUGGCCUUAAACACCCAGCAGGCACAAGAUGUCAACAUGACGUCAGACUGAAGUUGUACCCCAACGUCAUGGGGACAUUGCAUUUUGUUUGGAAAUAUCAUUGAUUCCUUCGACUUAGUCACUUUAUUAAUCUGGGGUUGCCACAGCAGAAUGAACCGCCAACUUAUCCAGCAUAUGUUGGCAGCAUAUGCCCUUCCAGCUGCAACCCAUCACUGGGAAACAUCCAUACACACUCAUUUACACACAUACACAAUUUAGCCUACACAAUUCAUCUAUAGUACAUGUCUUUGGACCCGGAGGAAACCCACGCCAACAUGGGGAGAACUUUUCAUACUGUCAUUCUGUGGUAUUUAUUUAUUUUAUAAUUUUUUUUUAUUGUCAUCAGAUAU